UUUUGUGUAUAUAUAAAUCUUCUCCCAACAGAGGUUAGUUUUUAGAUGAAACGGUGCAUAUAAUAUGGUUUGAGAAAUUAUUUAUAUACUGUACAUAACUGAAUUAUGAAGAAAAUUAAAGAACAAGUACAAAAUCAAAGAUUAAAUACAGAAUACUGUAUUUGGUAUAUGUGUGUCAUUGUGGUUGGGUCAGUCCAGCUGCGGGAUCUGGAACAACGCUCCAAUUUCAUAAACAUUGGCUAAAGCUUGGUGAGUCAGCCGGAAAACUCAUCAAGGCUUCUUUAUUACCGUUUGCUUUCAAGGCUUAUACAUCAUUUUCAGCAGCGGCUCGGAGGCUGAUUCCACCCUUGGAUAACUUCUUUUUUCUCUUCUGGGGGAGAUUAGCAUUUUACAGUUAGAAAAGUCGCUAAUGCUUCGGGUUUUCGUUCCUCGUUGUAAUUUUUUUGUGUGCAAAGCUCUCCCAGUUGUGUCUAUCCAAUGCACGCAUUGAAUUUUGCUGCAACAAUGGCCAAGUGCCUUUGGCCUCUGCUCCUGGGGACCUGGUUGCUCCACUCCAGCUGCAGAGCCGCCCCCGAACCCGCGUACUCCCCGGACACCAACCAGCCUGCGUGUCCGCAGCGUUGCGACGUAUCCACGUGCCCGAGUCCCAGCUGUUUCCAUGGUUACGUGCACGACACCUGCCACUGCUGCCUGGUGUGCGCUGCCGCCGAGGGACAAGCCUGCGGGAGCGCGCACGAUGUGGCUUGCGGCGAUGGUAUGGAGUGCAAGCCUCUCUUCGGCAAGCGUGUGGCCAAGGGUCCAGGCGUCUGCCGGUGCAAGUUCAACUACAAAGUGUGUGGCAGCGACGGCAAAACCUACGACAACGUAUGUAAGCUCAAGUCAGCCAGCAGGAGAGCCCUGCAGCUCAGGCUGCAGGCAAUAGUACAAGUUCACAAAGGUGCCUGUGAACCAGAUCAUUCACAUCCAAACAGUCCAAGAUAUAAAUUCAAUUUUAUUGCUGAUGUGGUGGAAAAGAUUGCACCUGCAGUUGUUCACAUUGAACUAGUUUUAAGGCAUCCUUUGCUGAGACGAAACAUUCCACUGUCAAGUGGCUCUGGCUUUAUAAUAUCAGAUAGUGGGCUAAUUGUGACCAAUGCCCAUGUAGUAGUAUCCAGCAACAAUGCAGUGUCAGGUCAGCAACAGCUAAAGGUGCAGGUACACAAUGGAAAAAUCUACGAGGCAACAAUAAAAGAUAUUGACACAAAGUCAGAUAUAGCAACCAUAAAGAUUAACCCUAAGAGGAAACUACCUGUGCUACCCCUGGGUCGGUCAAUUGACCUCCGACCAGGAGAAUUUGUAGUUGCAAUUGGAAGUCCUUUUGCUCUGCAAAAUACAGUAACAACAGGAAUUGUCAGUUCUGCUCAGAGGGAUGGAAAGGAAUUGGGUCUAAGAGACUCAGACAUGGACUACAUACAAACAGAUGCUAUAAUCAAUUAUGGAAACUCUGGAGGGCCGUUGGUGAAUUUGGAUGGGGAAGUUAUAGGAAUAAACACACUGAAGGUGACUGCAGGAAUUUCAUUUGCGAUUCCAUCAGAUCGCAUCACAACAUUUCUUUCUGAUUUUCUGGAUAAACAAACCAAAGAUGUCACAGGUGUGAAGAAACGUUUCAUUGGUGUGAGGAUGUUGACCGUAACUCCUACCCUAAUAGAAGAAUUGAAGGAAAUAAACUCCGAUUUUCCUGAUAUCAGUUCUGGCAUCUAUGUGCAUGAAGUGAUUCCAGAUUCACCUGCAUACAGGAGUGGAAUCAAAGAUGGAGAUGUUAUUGUCAAAGUAAAUGGAAUCCCCUUAAAGACAACAAAUGACUUACAGGAAGCAGUGAUGAAUGAAUUUCCCCUGCUGCUUGAAGUUCGCAGGGGAAAUGAAGACAUACUUUUCAACAUUGAACCUGAAAUAAUUAUGUGACUGAAACAUGGCCAGUAUAGUUAACCCUUUCGAGCCUGAAGUAAUCAUAAUUGCUGUUUUCUUUGUUAAGGACCAAUAAAGCUACUGGAACAGAGAGCAAAGUGGAGCAAAACAGCUGUUUACAAUGGUACCAGUCAUCUACAGGGAAAAGCACCCUUCCAGAUUACACCCCACUGGAAGGGAUUGAUUAAAACCUUAGAUUAAAAAUUUUAGUGCUUCCAAGUGACAAAUGCUAUUCUUCUCAUUCUUGUCUUCAGUUCAUUUGAAUGCUUUAGUACUUAUUGGAGAGAAAUUGCUUAACUGCAAACCUAUGUUACCCAGUGCAGUCGAAGCUGCUCCUCUGUAUUUGAAUGUUGUUAUUUUGAUAAGCGUGUCAAGAUUCUUCCACAUCUGCCAUGGAAAUUAAGGGGCCCAAUUUUUAACUGCCCCAGCCUAGCGGAAACCAUAUGGCAGAGGUGAAGAUGCAGUUAAAAUGAGAGCUGUCAAUUAACCCCUUGGAACACACUACCUUCCUGUUCUGUCCCAAUCUUAACCCAUUCUUUUGAGCAGAAAAUUAAUAAAUUAAAAGUGUGUUGGUUUGGGGGGGGGGGUCUUUAUUUAUGUAGUUUUGAUCUAAUUGGUGGUUUUAUUGAAAAGACCAAGCGGGGAAGUAGUGGCAGCUUCCCUGUUUAGUUAACCAACUGAGAGAUGAAUUAUAGACCAGAAUUUGCCAAUAGAUAAGCUUCAGAGUUUUGCCUUGGGAUUCCUUGUGUAUCAGGAGCAGGAUUGUUAUUCUAGGCCUCACAAAGAAACCGUUUGGAAGUCAGAACCUUCUAAUCGCCUUCAUACCCUAUCCCUAAUAGUCUUCAGCACCACCACAACUCAUUCCCUCCUUCCUCCCAGUCAGCUCCAUAGGUUCUCAUUGAUUGUCUCUAAUAACCCCGCAACCUUUGCUUUCACUGACUGAUGAGAACCAUUCAUGCAGGUUCCUGGACAUGGUCUCUUGCAUCAAAUUUCACUCCUGUUCCCACUGGCCAUGUUCAGCUGGGUGAUCAUGUCUCUGAGCAAGCAGGGUCUCUGACCAUUUUGGGGCCUGUGUAGAUCAUACCUGCUCUGCCUUAAUGCAGAGUUGGAAGAUGCCAUAGAAGUGGUUUCAUUAUCUCUUCUUGGGGUGGCAGGUGGGGUGGACUCAGUUUUUGUUUGAUAAGACAAAAGUUCAAUAACCUUAAAAUUCUAGUUUAUUAACUUAAGAACACUUGUAAAGCACUAAACUGAUGCAGACUGCAAAGGGUUAUACUCACAUACCUCAGGCAAAUCAUAGAGUUAGAAAACAUUUUUAAAAUGACUCUACAGUAUUUUGUAUUGAAACACCAAUUGAAUUAUUAACUGUAACUAAACGAGUAUUACAGAGGUACAGCAACUACAGAAAGCACGUGAAGUAUUUGUAACCAUUUUUUGAAGCAUGUUUUUGAGUAACAAAUGGAUACUACAAUGCAUAGAGCAGAUAUACUAUCUGAUGUGACAAGAUGCAGUAAUCAGUUAACAUGACAGGUUUAAAUUGUUAUGGAGUUAUUGUGAACAAUUAAACUGCCACAGUUUUGUAAAAUCACCAACCGUAAAUAGUAAAUCUGUAGUGACUGGAGAACUUGCCACGUAUAUUUAUAUUAGCACUUAUUCCUUCGAUGUACUACAAUGAAAACCCACGUACAACUAACUGCCUUCUGUUUCAAAAAUCCUUAUUUUCUGUUUUUGGGUGGUAGGCCCUUUGUCAUCUGAAAAUGAGCAAGAUUGGCCAAGAAAAG